AUGGAAACCCCAUUGCAGUUGCAGAACGAUUUCUUUCCAGAGCAGCAGUUCCAGCACUGUAAGUACCAGCACUACUGCGGGCGGGAGGAUCGGCUCGGCAAGCAGCACGACCAGUGCUGCACCUGCAAUAACUGUACCUGUGAUGCAAGAAAAAGCCUCGUCUUUCGCGGGACGUCGCCGACCACUGUCGGAACUUUAAGGACACCAUCCGAGACGUCUUCGAGGCAAGGCUGUCAGUAUAGCGUCUGUGAGUUCACGCCCUCUAGUCAUGGUAGUUCAUCCAGACACCAUCAUCAUCCUCACCAACAGCAGUGCCACGAUCGGCAGCGGGGCAGCCUGGGCAGCAGUCACAAAGAGAGUAACUCCUACAAUGAAAUAGCCAUGAGCAGCUGCAGAUACAACGGCGGCGUAAUGCGGCCGCUGAGCAACUUGAGCUCGUCCCGCAGAAACAUACACGAGUUUGAUUCCGAGUCCCAGCCUUUACAGCCCAUCUCCACCGCAGAUGCGUCGGACACCUUAGUAUCCAAGCCUGAGAAUAAUUCGACCACCCUGAUGCCUUACGCAUCGGGAGACGGAGGGGGCGGUUGUAGCCACAGUGGCAGUAAAUCGGGGAAAAAGAAGAACCAGAACAUUGGGGAAAAGCUUGGGCACAGGAGGGCCUUGUUUGAGAAAAGGAAGCGGCUCAGCGACUAUGCUUUGAUCUUUGGGAUGUUUGGGAUCGUUGUUAUGGUUAUAGAGACUGAACUCUCUUGGGGAGCCUAUGGAAAGGAGUCCUUGUAUUCAUUAGCUCUAAAAUGCCUGAUAAGCCUUUCUACAAUCAUUCUCCUCGGGCUGAUUAUCAUAUACCAUGCGAGAGAGAUACAGUUAUUUAUGGUGGAUAACGCAGCUGAUGACUGGAGGAUAGCCAUGACGUACGAGCGCAUCUUCUUCAUCUGCCUGGAGAUCCUAGUGUGCGCCAUCCAUCCCAUCCCAGGGAACUACACCUUCACCUGGACGGCACGCCUGGCCUUCUCCUACGUACCGUCCAAGACAGAUGCGGAUGUGGACAUCAUUCUGUCCAUCCCCAUGUUCCUGCGGCUGUACCUCAUCGCUCGUGUCAUGCUGCUGCACAGCAAGCUCUUCACAGACGCCUCGUCCCGCAGCAUCGGCGCACUCAACAAGAUCAACUUCAACACGCGCUUCGUGAUGAAGACCCUCAUGACCAUCUGCCCCGGCACCGUGUUGCUGGUCUUCACUAUCUCUCUGUGGAUCAUCGCUGCGUGGACCGUGAGAGCUUGCGAGAGAUAUCAUGACAAGCAGGACAUUACCAGCAACUUUCUAGGAGCCAUGUGGUUGAUCUCAAUCACUUUUCUUACCAUUGGAUAUGGGGAUAUGGUCCCAAACACAUACUGUGGGAAAGGAGUCUGCCUCCUGACAGGCAUUAUGGGUGCCGGCUGCACCGCCUUGGUGGUGGCUGUGGUGGCAAAGAAACUGGAAUUAACCAAAGCUGAAAAACAUGUCCACAAUUUUAUGAUGGACACCCAGCUAACAAAAAGAGUGAAAAACACAGCUGCGAACGUUCUCAGGGAGACGUGGCUCAUCUACAAGAACACCAAACUGGUGAGGAAGAUGGACCAUGCCAGAGUCAGGAAGCACCAGAGGAAAUUUCUCCAAGCCAUUCACCAAGCUCGAAACGUUAUUUAUUGGGUUCUGAAUGGUCUUGUGUUCAGAUUGAGAAGUGUUAAAAUGGAGCAACGCAAGCUGAAUGACCAAGCAAACUCACUAGUGGACCUUGCUAAGACUCAGAACAUCAUGUAUGACAUGAUAUCAGACUUGAAUGAGAGAGGAGAGGACAUGGAGAAGAGGAUUGCCCUCUUGGAGACCAAGCUGGAAACUCUGCUGGGCAACUUGCAGGCCCUGCCGGGACUCAUCAGCCAGGUCAUCAGCCAGCAGCACAGGGACUUCCUGGAGGUGCAGCUCCAGCCUUAUGACAAACACAGCCCUGAGCGCUCCCAGUCGGUGUCCCGACGAAGGUCUUCCUCCACAGCACCACCAACCUCCUCCGAGAGCAGCUAGAGUCCAAGGGGAAUGCCUCCACUGAAGACUUUUGCCAUCAUAUGGCCAAGUUGCAUUUAUCGUAAAGCCUUAUGGUUUCAAUAAGUAUUAUCCAAAUUCUGAUGACAGAAUCCAAGAUACCGGGGACAAUGCAUUUUAAUGGAUAACUUCAUGCUGUUAUUUGUUUUUUAUUACCUCAAAAGAUGUUGUUAUCCUUGCUCUGGUGACAUGACCAUAAAUAAUGGCGCUUCCCUCAGUAAAAACUAAAAGGCCUAUCGAUGGGGCUAUGAUAAGAACUCUACUCCAUCUCUAUGCAGAGGUAGCCAGUUUUAGGUGGCAAGGUUACCAAGUGUGAAACUAUUGCACUAAAAUAGUGCUUCUCACAGACUUUGUGCUUCUGCUGGCUUGAUUCAGAUGUCGUGUUCCUCAAAGCAAACUGAGAAACCAAGAAACCUGUCAGUCAGGGAGUGUGACAGCUAUAUUGAGGAAAAGUGCUGUGUUUGAUGGACUCAAGUGAACUGACAACAGAAGGCAGAGGAAAAUCGCUCCUACACACUGUCACUCAGCGAUCAAUUAUAAAGCUUGAAAUGAGGAAAAAAAAGCAUAUAUCUUUUAGGUUAGAAACAGCAUCAACUAUAGUGGUUUUCUUUUGCAGAGUGCCCCUGUAGAAUGACUAUUUUUGGGGCGACAUUGCAAAUAAUUUAAUCCUCUAGUCAAAAUGAAUGCAUCGAAAUCUGUACUUGCACUUACUUUUUAAUCAAUGCACUUCA